AUGGGUUCUAUCCGUCUGCUUCCCGCCGUACUCCUGGUCAUGCUAUGCGCGUUGAAUACCACCGGUAAUCACCCUACCAUCCAGAUCACAGUUAAUCACCUCAUGCGAAAUUAGAAGUACCUAUGAAUUAUUUUUUUCCAGUAAGAUGAUUAAUCCCCUUCUCUGAUCCUUGAUUAUUCAUAUCUUGUUCAUAUUUUCACAAGAAAAAACCUUUUCAUGAUCGCAAAAAAUAUGACGCAAUGGUGACGUUAGACUCUGCCGAUGCGCCGUUAGCCCAGCUCCAUCUUCCCAAAUGUUUGAUCGCAUAAUAACCUUUUGGUACGGACAUAGGUGCUGUUCGGGAGGUAGCGCCGGCAGUGAACGCGUCCUUGAGGCCCUGCGAUUCGGAGAGCAUCCGGUUUGAUGGGGUUUGCAGAAACGACAAGAAUUGCAAGACUAUAUGCCGGUGCGAAGGUUUCACAUCAGGAGAGUGCCGCGGCAUCGUUCUCCCCGGCUGUCACUGCACCAAACCAUGUCCAUAG